AUACGCAUGCGUAAAUUGUUGAGCGACAAGUUGAUAAAUCCAUACAGAUCUCUGAUUUCGGAAUUGUGUGGUACGAAUGGAAGGGGAAUCUGCACCAGUCUGAAAGACGUCAAUAAGAAACAGUAUGUGGGAAGACAGGGUGCAGCAGCAGCAAAUGUGAAGUGCAUUGAUUUCUGUGGCUAGUCCAUAAUAGCUUGAAGAACAGACCUUACUGGGAGUGAAUUCAUUGUCUGUCUCUUAGAAGCCUGGCAUGGAAAUGAAAGAGGAAAUAGCUGGGACCAGUCAGUCUUACCCUGAUGGGAAUUGUGGCAAUCCACUGUAUGCAUAUCUUAGUACGCUGCAGUCAUUAUCUUUGUCAGAGGUUAAGAAAGCCAUCCUUGGGUUAUAGUGACACUGUAAGCUGUGCAAUAGAAUUGGGACCUAUUGCAUGCCUCCGAAAUCAUGCUUCUUGGGGAAGGUAUAUUGUUGACUUUUUUCUGGUCAUAACUCAGCUGGGAUUUUGCAGUGUGUAUUUUGUGUUUCUGGCAGAGAAUAUGAAGCAAGUGGUGGAAGGCUUUCUCAAGAAUGGCACUUACUUUGUACAAAGUAAGACAGUAGGUUUUUCUGCGGAAUGGCACAUGGAUUUACGAAUAUACAUGCUGAUUUUUCUUCCAUUUUUGAUUGUUCUGGUGUUAAUUCAAGAUCUCAAGAGACUUGCUGUCCUCGCUUUCCUUGCCAAUGUAUCCAUGGCCAUCAGUCUGGUCAUUAUUUACCAGUAUAUUAUCAGGGAUAUACCUCCUCCAUGGAAACUUCCUUUGAUUGCUAAUUGGAAGAAGUAUCCUCUCUUCUUUGGGACUGCAAUAUUUGCUUUUGAGGGUAUAGGAGUGGUGCUUCCACUGGAAAACAAAAUGAAGGAAAUGCACCGAUUCCCUGUAGCAUUAAAUAUCGGUAUGGGCAUUGUUACCAUUUUGUACAUCAGCUUAUCGACUUUAGGAUACCUGAGAUUUGGUGAAGACAUAAAGGGGAGUAUAACCUUAAAUCUGCCACAGGAUAUAUGGCUAUACCAGAUGGUGAAAAUUCUGUAUUCAUUUGGCAUCUUUGUGACCUACUCCAUCCAGUAUUAUGUCCCAGCAGAGAUCAUUCUUCCAGCUGUCACGGCAUUGGUAUCUGAAAGGUGGAGAAUGCCCUGCAAUCUUAUAGUGCGCUCCUUGUUGGUCUGCUUAACCUGUAAGUAAAACUAAUAAGUGAAGGUUUUAGCAAAUUUUAUAUUAUGUAAUCAGUGUACUGUUUCUCUACAUGUAGAAGAUUUAUUGACUUUUUAUUAGACUGUGAUCAUUUAGACUUAAUAUUUCUUGAAUGACAAUCCUGCACUAAAAAGACAUGUUUGUGUAAAUGGGCUUUGUGUACCAUUAUUGUUUUAAUUGUCAAAUGUGUACACAAUUUUGAAUGCCGAACUGACCGAUUUCCCAUCUGAAUUUUAAAGGUUCUAAGUGGUGGACUAUUUCUGAAAACCAUUGGAUGCACAAAUUAUAGCAGGCUGUCUACAAAGAUAUUGUUAAUCAAAUAAAAAGUGGUGUAGAAUACAGCUGAUAAAUAUGUAUACAUCAGUAUUGCAUUGCUGCUAAUCACUUUUGUUUUUUAUUUUAUAACUCUGUUUGUAUGUUGUUUAAUGAUUUGCUAAUGAAUACUGCUUUAUGUUAGAACAUGUAUGUUUGUUUUCAAAUUAACACACCAUCCAGUAAUGUGUCUUGAUUGCUUUUGACUUAAAAUGGUAUAAUGUGACUUUUAGGGAAGAGAGACAUUCUAACUGAUAAAACCUUGAUUGUGAUGGUGUGUAACCUAUCUCUGACAGCUUGUGAGGGGCAAGAAAAUGAGUCUUACAAGCUUAAGGCUGUUCCAUUGACGUACCUGUUGUAUAUACUUAAAAGAAUUUGACAACAUUGAUAAACCAUAGACUGCUAAUAAUG